AUGGCAUCAUGGCUGCUUGAAGGAUGCUCUGAGUGUGAGGACUUGAAGCGUGGCAACGUGCUGGUGUCAUCAUCGCUUCGCGCCAAGAUUACGGACUUUGGGUCCAUUCGCCAGUGCUUCACACGUGACAGAAACCAGCACCAGCAGCGCACAUGUCUCUCUUCCAGCCAUGAUGAUGACCCUCAGUACAGCCAGCAGGCUGGUUUGCAGACGAUGCCGAGCAUAACGCUGACGGCUGGUGUGGGCACGCCACUGUGCAUGGCGCCGGAGGCAUUGGCGGGCGACAAAUACAGCUUUGAGGCAGAUGUGUUCAGCUUUGGUGUGCUGAUGUGGGAGAUGGCGACACGGCGUGUGCCGGAUUUGAUUGAGCAGGAGAAGGGGAGCGAGUAUCGGGGACCGAUCCUCGCCACCAUCAGCAACCUGAUGAAGGAUGGGAAGCGGCUGCGAUUUGAUGAUGGUGAAGAAGAUGCCAUCCCCGAGUGGUUCCAGUCGCUGACGUACAACCGCAUGGCGCAGAAUCCGCGUGAGCGUCCAUCGUUUGGAGAACUCAUGGACCACCACUUUGUUGCUUGA